AUGGCUUUCUUGAAACAUGUAGUCUGCAUCGCCCUUCUGGCAAUUCCCAGUCUGGCAUGGAGCCACACAAGCAGACUAGAUCUUGAGGAAGCUUUCAAAAGUCGAGAUGAUACGCUGAAAACCUUCUACUCACCUAAAUGUAGCUGGAACAGUCAGUUACUUGAAACAGAAUGGAAUCUCGUCCUUGAUCACGACAAGUCCGUCUUAAGCAUCGAUUGCGCUACAGACUCGAAAACUUGCGAAGAACACGAUGUUCGGACGUACCCCGCCAUCAGGCUUUACCGUUCGGCUAAGACGUUCGAAUACUAUAGGGGGCCUAGGCAAGCGAAGGAGAUCAUUGCCUUCAAAAGUCGUUCCCUACGCCCCGUCGUCUCUGGUUUGAGCUUGGAGAACGUUACCAGCUUUGCCUAUACUGAUUCUUUCGUCUUCAUCUUGCAUUUGACAGACCAAGACGCAGGGAAAGGCCUAUACAAACGAUUCCACGACCUAGCCACUACGAAUGCGCAUCUGCACUCGUAUGGUGUCAUUUCUCGUGACUCAAAAAAUGGGCCAUCGUCUCUUGACUGUUUCAAUAACCUUGACGAUGAGAAACAUUCGACUGAUGAGUUUUUCAAGCAUGUCUACUCGCUAGAAGAGUUCGUCAAGGCUUGCACCAAUCGAAUUGUACCGGAGAUGACCCACCAAAACAAAGUUGACUACACGGGUAGCAAAACUAACGUCCUCUAUUUUUUCGACUUCAACGCAUCUCGGCGCGAACAAUUCGCUUUGCAUAUUAGAGAAACGGCCAGGAAGUACAAGCAAAAUCUGAAGUUUGUCACAGUAGAUCCACCAGCGUUCCCAGAUGUUCCUGCAAGCUUGGGGAUAAAAUGGACGUUCCCUGCGAUCGGUUUGCAAAACAAAGAGACUGGGCUUGCUUAUCACUCCGAACAGAACCAUGCCAUUACUCCAGGAUUUGUCGAAAAUUUUCUUCGGUCUAUAGGUGAUGGUACAGCUCGGCCGGCAUUUCAGGAUAACGUGGAUGAAAGGGUUGAUGAGCAACUCAGCACUGAAGGCGACGUCCAUGAGAAAGAAGUGGUACACGACGAAUUGUAG